UGUGUCACCAACUCAGCAGGGCGAAUGGAUGGAGGAAUUCAACCUGGCAAUGGGACGGCCCUUGCCUAUGAGGAGGUGAUCGCCCUACGCCUUCAUUUGCUGUUUGCGACCUCUGUGUCGGUGAUCAUGUUGGGAUUGGCUCUACACACAACAAGAGCGUUUCAUGCAUCCCGCAACAGUCAGGCUCCCAUCCCAAAUGCAGGCGCACUGCAACUCUUAUGGUUGAGUUAUCAUUCAGCACCUGUCCACGAAGCUUUGCAAAGUGUGGAACAUCCGACGGAAGCUAACUUACAUCGCGCGGGCAUGAUAGAUGUUUGUUUUGCGAGCACCACAUCUGACGAAGAAGAGCUGUCAAUGAGGAGUUUAAUUGAUAGUCAGGCAGUUGACCGUGACGAUGGAAUGUCACAUUGGGUUUGAAAACAUUGGAC